AAAAGAGUCAAUAUCCUUCCGGAGGCGCUGCCUUACAUAGAAAAGUUCCAUGGCAAGACAAUUGUGGUCAAAUAUGGAGGUGCAGCCAUGAAGUCUGAGGCCCUUCAAGCUUCUGUAAUGUCUGACUUGGUUCUUCUCUCUCGUGUUGGUCUUCGCAUUGUCAUGGUCCAUGGGGGUCCUGAAAUCAACCAGUGGCUUGAGGUUGGGCUGAAGCCCAAGUUUGUGAAUGGAAGUCGUGUCACUGAUGCAACAACCAUGGAAAUUGUUUCGAUGGUAUUGGCGGGUAAAGUGAACAAACAUCUUGUUGCCUUAAUCAACAAGGCAGGGGCUUCUGCCGUUGGCUUAUCUGGUAUGGAUGGCCGUCUUUUGACUGCCAGGCCUUCCCAAAAUUCUGAUCAGCUUGGCUUCGUUGGUGAUAUAGCCACUGUGGACCCCACAGUGCUUCGACAACUCAUUGACAAUGGUCAUAUCCCAGUCAUUGCCUCUAUAGCUGCUGACAAGACAGGCCAGUCAUACAACAUCAAUGCAGACAUAGCUGCGGGUGAGGUUGCUGCGGCCUUGGCAGCAGAGAAGUUAAUUCUUUUGACUGAUGUGGCUGGAAUUCUAGAGGACCAAGGUGACCCAGGAAGUUUGGUGAAGGAAGUAGAUAUCCAAGGGGCGAGGAGGAUGAUGAAUGAUGGGAAGAUUGCAGGUGGGAUGUUUCAAAAGGUGGAUUGCUGCGUGAGGUCCGUAGCUCAAGGUGUCAGGACUGCAACUAUACUUGAUGGACGAGUACAGCACUCAUUACUCCUUGAGAUUCUCACUGAUGAAGGAGUAGGAACAAUGAUCACUGGAUAAAUUGGAGAGCUUGCACACUGUUUAAAGCUUACAUUUGUUAACCACUUUAGAAGAUAUUCAAUCUAAAAUGGCAAUCUGGAAAUAUAGCUUGCAGUGCUUGAACAGCCAAUGAAGAAAAAAGUUCUUCACUUGUGAGUUUCAGUCCUUAAGCUCUUGAAACUAUUCACAUGUUUCUGCUAAUAGUGGUUGGGGUAAAUCACUUCUGUGGCUAGAUUGGUUCUGCUUUUUGGUUUUCAGUUUCCUCCCUCCUUUUAGGUGCGCAGUGCUCUACGUGCCUGAUAAUUCUACCAUAUACCCUUUUUGUAGCUUAUGUUCGGUUAUACUAUAUACUAAAUAUUUUAUUUGCUAUUGAGCUUCUUUAUUUUUUUUCUUUUGUUUUUUUCCCCUCGAGUUGUUGCAUUUUAGCUGCAUUUCCUUGGAAUGUAAGAAAUCUAGCAUCGCUUUGGAUCUUGUACAAGUCUUGACAAUAGAUUGAUAUAUUUGUGUUCUGUCACUCAUGGAAAUUAGUUGACAC